UUCACGCAUAGUCAUGAUCAAAUGAUGGUCAAACCAUGGUCAAACCGUGGUCAAACAGAUCUACUUUAACUUCAAAGAAUUUUUGAAUAAACGUAGGUUUUGCUUUAUUCUGCAUUGCCUGCAGACAAGGAGUUGUCCCCGGAUAGACUUUGAGCUUAGAGCUGCAGAUGGCUGACCAGAAGAACGAGGCAUUGUUGGAAGAUGCUCAGUCUGCAGCGUCAUCCCCAAACCAUGCAGUGGUAGAGGAUAUUAACUUACGUGCAGUGGAAGGGAAAGGGCCUGACAGAAUGGAAAGGGCAGGUGUCCAAGGUGACGAAGAGAGACAAUCCAGUGAUGUUGGAGGCGAUACGACUGUAGCAGUACCCGACAAUCAUGACAAUGAUGCCUCCUCCCAACCGCAAGGUCGUUACAGAACAUUUGCUGCUUGGAUCACCUCCAAUGCAUUUCUCAUUUAUUGCAGUCAGUUUUUCUCUGCUUGGGGUGAUCGUAUGUGGACUUUUGCUGUUGCCCUGUACCUUGUUGAAAUUGAAGAGAAGUCACUUCGCCUUACUGCCAUCUUUGGUUUUGCCUUGACUGUAUCAGUCCUUCUGUUCGGUGCACUUGUGGGACAAUGGGUGGACAAAACUCCUCGUUUAAGCGCUGCCCGGAAGAGCCUAGUGAUCCAGAACUCCGGUGUCAUCAUCAACGCCGUCUGCUUGCUGCUCCUGCUGCAUUACAAGUCAGCCAUCCUGGCAGUCGGAAGUGGCGCUCUAUUCUUCUUCUGUCAGGUGAUCAUCAUCGUCCUGGGCGUUGUGGCUAACCUGGCCAGCGUGGCCGAGAAGAUCUGCAUCCAGAAGGACUGGGUAGUUAUUCUAGCUGGUGAUGACAGCGAGCGGCUAGCAGAAAUGAAUGCUACUGUUCGUCGUAUUGACUUGACUGUCAAUAUCCUGGCCCCAAUUCUCGUGGGACAAAUCAUGACUUUUGCCUCCAUGACGGUAGCCGGGAUCUUCAUUGCGGCCUGGAACCUUGGUUCCCUCAUGCUGGAGUACUACCUCUUGGUACGGGUCUACAGGAGAGUCCCUAGACUUGCCAUCAAGUUCCGCAAAAAUAAAACAGAGACAGCUAAAGAACCAGAGAGUGCGACCACUGCAUCAGAGGCCUCCAUUGAGACUAACGAGGAGGGAGUGGCCAAGUACUCCACAGAGCAUACACUGGAAGAACCACAAGAAGGCAGGCAGGAUGCAUCUGAAGACAAGCCUAUAGCAUAUGCCACAGUCAGUGAUGCUGGACAGAUGGAAGUAGCUUUUGAAUCUGGAGGACCUGAUGAAGCAACAGGGGAUUGGAGAAGGUUGGAGAACGAAUCGUCUGAUUCACAACCUACUAACACUGAGGGGCAAUCAUCUCAGCCAUCAUCCAGGUUUGGAAUAUUCCGGCGUGUGGCCAACUGGUUCGUGUCUACCUACCAGGGCUGGCUGAUUUACAAAUCCUACAAAGUCUGUCUGGCGGGAUUGGGGCUAGCGUUCCUCUACAUGACGGUCAUGGGGUUCGAUUCCAUCACCAAUGGCUACGGCUACUCCGUGGGUCUGUCCGAGGUCAUGCUGGGCGUGAUUCGAGGCCUGGGGUCCAUCGCAGGCAUUGUGGGCACGUUUUUGUUCCCAAGGUUCCGGCAGAGGAUUGGACUGACCCGAACAGGUCUCUACUCUCUCUCUAUAGAAAUUCUCUGCCUGACUCUCUGUGUCUUCUCCAUCUGGGCUGCUGGCAGUCCUUUCGACCCUGACUACUUCUCAGGACAAUCCAAUCCACCAACAGCUGGACCUACCGAUGAUGUUUUUACUACCCAAAGUCCUUUUAUUUUCACACCCACAUUUUUACCUGCCAUGGGAGAUCAGCGAAUAGUCAGUGCUGUGGGCAACAUCGGCAAUGACACAGGGGACAGCACUACACAGAAUGUCAUGAUGGACAACACACCCCAGGCUACACCAGAUGGUAGGGACAGGCCUUCAAGCUACUUGUCUGCAGUCCUGUUCUUCACAGGAAUGGUAACUUCCAGAAUAGGGCUGUGGAUGUUUGACCUGGUGACCACGCAGCUCAUCCAGGAGAACGUCCAUGAGGAUGAGCGUGGUGUCUUCAACGGGGUGCAGCGCUCCUUGGAGUGCUCCAUGGAUAUGCUCCAUUUCAUCCUGGUCAUCAUCCUGCCUGCUCCAGAGACCUUUGGAUAUCUCAUCAUCCUGUCCUUCAUCUUCAUCUGCAUCGGGGCCAUUUUCUACUGCGUCUUCUCCUUCAAGGACAGAGGUCACCUCUUCCACCCGGAGAAGUUGACGGUGUGCCUCCAGAACGGCCAAACUGAGACGGAUGUCCUUCGCCUUACGGAAAAUGAAUCCGAAGCUUGAAAAGCCUGGAAAGAUCUCACGCUGAAAUCAUUUCAAAGAGGCCAGAAUCCUUUGUUGUCUCUCAUUGAUUUCAUGGCAGAAGUAAAUGGUAUUCCAGUAAACCAGGUUGAAAAUUGUGGACUAUAAGGCCAUAUUAUAUGAUUUCCUCCCUUUCAACAUAAUUAUUCAAAAUCGGGCUAAAAAUGCUAAGAUAUAUGAUUGGUCACAAAUUCCAAAAUAUUCACGAGAGUAAACAGGUACUACUUUGUUGUGAAAUUUCAUUUCAUUGCUGUAUCCAGUCCCAAGAUCUAAAAAUGAAGAGGUAACUUCACUUUCAAUUUCAAAAAAGGCUAAACCAUGAAUGGAAUCUCUAGUAUUAUACAACUAUUGAGCACCUAAUUGUGGGAUGCGGGAACAUCAUCACGAAGUAAAAUUGGGACGUUUCAAUUUCAUGAGCUGAAGCCGAGCGAAAUGAAAAAACAACAGAUUUUACUAGGUGCCAAUUUUCCUCAAAUCUUUUUUUAUUUAAAGCCUGUUUGUUUUUUGUAACUGACAUAUUGAAAUAUGUGAAAUGCAUGCAAAUGUCGUCGUAUCUUUUGACAUCGCUGCCAUGAUUAUGUGGUUGUUGAGCAGCCCGAAUCAGGUUUCAACCUUCUCCCCAGGUUUAGGUCUGUGGCAUUCUGCUGUUCAAAAUUCAGAGUAAUUGAGGGUCCAUUGCUCAAAAGCUGUGGGAACAAGGAUGAUUCUAACUGUUAAGUAAUAAUUCCCCAAUCAUUUGAAUUUAAUUAAUCACAAAUUGUAAAAUUACUUAUUAGUAUAAACGGUAUUUGAGUUGUAAUGAACUUUUCUUUCAUUGCAUCUAUUUUGAUUCUCAGGUUCC